AUGUCGGGGCUGCAGCCACAGGUGGGGAGAGGUGUACCUUGUCUGCGCUGCAGAGGGACCUGCACAGGCUUUGAGCCACAUUCCUGGAGGAAGAUCUGCAAGUCCUGUAAAUGCAGCCAGGAGGAGCACAGCCUGAGCUCGGAGCUGGAGGAUGACCGCAAGAUCGGGCGCCUGCUCUCGGACUCCAAGUACGCCACGCUGACCGCGCGGCUCAAGGGCGGCGACGGCGUCCGCAUCUACAAGAGGAACCGCAUGAUCGUCACCAACCCCAACAUCUCGGGGAAGGACCCCACCUUUGACACCAUCACCUACGAGUGGGCACCCCCAGGGCUCGCCCAGAAGCUGGCCAUGCAGUACAUGGAGCUGAUCCCAAAGGAGCUGCAGCCAGUGGCAGGGACGGACGGGGCACUCCAGCGCCGGCGGCAACUGGUGAGACAACUGCCCCUGUACGACCAGGACCCCGCGCAGUGCCGCGGCCUCGCCGACGGCGAGCACAAGCUGAUGGAGGAGUUUGUGAAGAAGUACAAGGCUGAGGCGUUGGGUGUGGGUGAGGUGGCACUGCCAGGCCAGGGUGGCAGCAGCAGGAAGGAGGAGGGAAAGGCGCAGGACAAGAGCAUCGACUCCAGCAAAGCUGCUGAGUCCACCAACGGAGCCCUGGAGAGCACUCCCACCACGGGGCACUAUCACUGCGAGACCUGCAAGCAGGCAGUGGCCGGAGACUGCCCCGUGGUGUACGCCGACCGCGCCGGCUACGCGCGGCAGUGGCACCCGGCCUGCUUCGUCUGCACGCGCUGCGCGCAGCCCCUCGUCGACCUCAUCUACUUCUGGAAGGCUGGAGCCGCCUGGUGUGGCCGCCACUACUGCGAGAGCCUCCGGCCGCGCUGCGCCGGCUGCGACGAGAUCAUCUUCUCGGAGGACUACCAACAGGCAGAAGGGCUGGCCUGGCACAACAAGCACUUUGCCUGCCUGGAGUGUGAGACACUGCUGAUGGGCAAACCCUUCACUCUGGCCAACACCAACCUCCUGUGCACCACCUGCAGCCAGAGCAGACGCCUCUGA